UAAAAACAAAAAUCUAGCAUGGCUUCCGCAGUGUGGGGGAGUGCCGCCUGGUGGGGCCCGCCGCCCCCAGCUCCGGCCCGGCCGCUCACGGACAUCGACUUCUGCUCGGGCGCGCAGCUGCAGGAACUGACCCAGCUGAUUCAGGAGCUGGGUGUGCAGGAGAGCUGGCGGGACGGGCCGCAGCCCGGAGCCGACCUGCUCCGGGCCAAGGACUUUGUCUUCUCUUUGCUGGGUCUGGUUCAUCGCCGGGAUCCCCGUUUUCCGUCUCAGGCAGAGCUCUUGCUGCUCCGCGGUGGGAUUCGUGAGGGCUCCCUGGAUCUGGGGCCUGCACCUUUAGGUCCCUACACCCGGGGACCUCACUACGACGCCGGCUUCACCCUCCUUGUGCCGGUAUUUUCGCUGGACAGCACCGGGCCAGAGCUACAGCUGGAUCUGGAAUCCUGCUGCGCGUGGCUCCGCCUCCCAGAGCUGGGGUGCAAAGCCACGGAGCGGGGCGCCUGGCGGGACUGCCUAGGGCCCCCGGCCCCCGACGGACGCGAUUUGAUCCUGCAAGUCGGUAGCGGAGGUAGUGACGAGGAACGGCAAAGCUCUGUGGACCCGUCGCACGGUUACGUUCCUGAGCCCGAACCUUGCAGCUCUCUGGGAAAGGACCCCCGUGACCUCUCGGACACCGAAUGGCCCCGGCGAGACGUCGCCGAUGACGGCGCUCCCUCCGUUUUGAAAACGCGAGGUGACAUCCCGGAGGAGGCGGCGGGGGACCCCGUCUCCCAACCGCCGGAAGCUCGGGAGGAGUGGCCUACCUUGUGCCCUGCCCUGGUGGCCGCCUGGUUCUUCGCUACCCUGGCCGAGGUAGCCAAGUCCCUAACGCCGGUGCCCGCGGCCCCGCGCCUAGUACACGCAGCUCGCCACGAGGGUUUCACCACGAUCCUCCUGACCACGUCCGGACCCCCGCGCCGCCUCCUGCUCUUUGACCUGGUCCCCGUGGUGUCGGUCACAGGAUGGCCUGAAGGUGCGCGGAGCCACUCGUGGGCGGGUCCCCUGGCCUCCGGAACGCCUUCCUUCUACUUGGCGCCGGGAGGUGGCACCGAGCAACCGGGCACCCCCCGCUGGCAGCUCUGUUUUGCCCGCCAGGAGCUGGCGCUCAAAGCGCGCAUCCCGGCCCCGCUCCUGCAGGCGCACGCGGCGGCCCAGGCGCUGCUGCGCCCGCUGGUGGCCGGCACCCGGACCGCGGCGCCCUACCUCCUGCGGACGCUGCUGUACUGGGCGUGCGAGCGGCUGCCCGCGCUCUACUUGGCACGGCCGGAAAAUGCAGGUGCUUGCUGCCUUGGGCUGCUGGAUGAGCUGGGCCGCGUGCUCGAGGCCGGCACGCUGCCUCACUAUUUUCUGAACGGCCGGAAGCUGUAUACGGGGGCCAGCUCCGUUGCCCUGCUGGCUGCACUGGCUCAGCUUCGCGGGGACCCUGCCCAGGCUCUGCGAGCCGCGGUGGAGGAAGCCAAGGGUUCAGUUCAGAAGCAUUUCUCAUCCCUCCUCCUCCGAACCCCGAGACAAGCGGCCUUGUCUCUGCUGUACCGCCCGACUCGGAGCAGGUCCCCACUCCCAGCUCCCAAGGAACCCCAGGGUUCCGCCCGCCCAACCUCACCCCCCUCUUUCCCAGCGUCUCCGCCCCCUGCCCCGCCCCCGGGCUGGCUCUCAGAGGAGGGGGAGCUGCUGUCACCGCUGCCGCUGCCUCGGCUUCCCACCGCUGCUGCCUGCUGCCGCCGCUGUCAUCCCUGCCUGGUCCCACCGCCAGGCCCAGUGCACAGACCUCGCCAGACCGGGGCGCUCUACAGAGACUUCCUUGCUCCUUCCUGGGGGUCCGGGACGCCUAGCCCAGCGUGGGGGGAAUCUCCACUUGCGGGGGACAAAGAGGGAGGAGCCUGCAGCUGGAGCCAGCGCCACCCAUCUUCCGGAUCAACAGGACAGGACAGGUUGAGGGGCGUCGGGGAAAGGAAGAGUGGGUGCUGUAGGCAUUCCCGGGAGGACGAGGAAGUCAGUCGCAGGAAGCUCUGAGGCGUUCUGACUUACAGGGGGCCUAUUCACAUUUGGGAAGUAGUGACAACGUGGGUGCACUCCUCUCUUGAGGGGCUGGUUAGACUGGAGGGCGUGGGAUCUAAACAGUACCAGCUGUUCCUGAGGGAAUUUAAGGGGUAAUCAGAGAGAGAGAAGAUGCUCCUUGUUUUGAUGUAACAGGGUCCUCUAGACAACCACCUGGCUUAGAAGCACUGGGCAGGGCUGACUGGGAGGGGACUUUGACAGGAGUGGUGGGUGACAAGUGAGGAAAGAAAAUGGUCUUGAGCAGCUGGAAUCUGUGCUAUUAAAAAUGAGGGGGACAGUGAAAAGGGGCCUUGUCCAGACAGAAGUUCUGGGUAGCCCUUCUCACUGAACCUGGACUACCUGGAGCUUGAGACCUGGGAGGUUCAGAGAAAAGCAAAAGGCACCAAGGUUGGGUUCGUGCUUGACAUUGACAGCCGCCCAGCAAGGGUGGAGUGAGCUAAUAUCCCCACAGCUAAGGACCCACACCCUCUGGAUUAGAAAAGCGCAGUAGGCAGGACAGCAGGGCCCCAAAACAGGAGGAAAGGGGCCUGAGGCUCUUGGGACUAUUGCUUAGACAUUUUGGGGGUCUUGGCUUUGGGAUAGAGAAAGUGAGGACAAAGACACGGGAGAGGACUAAGGAGACAAAAUU